AUGAAUUGCUUAUCAAUCAAUUUAAGGGGUGUGAGGGAUUCCAGAAAGUCGGAUUGGAUUCGGGGAAUAAAGAUCAGUUAUGGUAUUCAUUUUCUCGCGAUUCAAGAAACUAAGCUAUCAGAUUCUACUUCGUUUAUGUUUAGUAAAUUUUGGGGGAGGUCAGCGUUCAAUUAUGAGGUGGUGGAGUCACACGGAAGAUCGGGUGGAUUGGCCUGUUUGUGGUGUCCGUCCAUGUUCAGGUGUGUUAAUUCUAUUAAACAUAUGAACUUUAUUGUUGUAUCUGGUAUCAUGGUGCAUACAGGAACCCGUAUAAAUAUGUUGAAUAUAUAUGCCCCGAAUGAAGCAGGAGGUAGGAGGUCCUUGUGGUUGGAAUUACUUGCAAUCCGCAAUUCUAUACAAGGAUUGUGGAUCCUUAUGGGAGACUUUAAUGAAGUCAGGAAUGAAUCCGAAAGGAUGAAUUCUGAGUUUUUUGAAUCAAACGCGGAGGCUUUUAAUCAUUUUAUUCUGUCAGCCGGGUUGGUUGAGUAUAAUAUGGGAGGGGGCAGGUUCACAUACAUUUCAGAUAAUGGUGAUAAAUUGAGCAAGUUAGAUCGUUAUUUGGUCUGUUUGGGUGUUAUGGAAAGAUGGCCUUCUGCGAGUGUACUUGCACUAGAAAGAGUUGCCUCCGAUCAUAGACCAAUUAUUUUGUCCAUGAUUCAAUCUGAUUUUGGUCAUAUUCCUUUCCGAUUCUUCAACUCGUGGUUUGAUCUCCCGGGUUUUAAGGAAUAUGUACAGCAAGUGAGUAGUAUUUAUAGAUUCACUGGUCCUGAAGAUUUGGCCUUAGCAAUUAAAUUGAGAUGGCUGAAGAACAAAAUUAAAACAUGGCUGAAAGCGGAGAAGACUAGAAGGGAGGGCUUAUUCGGGGAAAAAAAACGUAGACUUGUUGCAUUGGAGAAUGAGGCCGAGAAUAGGAGGUUGGAGGAAAAUGAACUUGAGGAAAGAAUUGAUUGCCGGAAUUUUUUGGCAGAAUUUGAUCGAAUAAAAAAUAUGGAUAUUAGGCAGAAGUCAAGGGCAAGAUGGGCUUUGGAGGGUGACGAGAAUUCAACAUUUUUUCACCAAAUCAUUAACUCUAACAUUAGUACGAACCGAAUAAAUGGGCUGAUGGUGGAUAAUAUUUGGAUAACGAACCCGGCGGCUAUAAAGGAGAUUUUCUAUGAUUUUUUUAGCAUCAGUUUACAGAACCGGAGAACAAUAGACCCGAGAUUCAGUGCCCGAAUUUAG